GCACCAAUGGCCGACAAGGUUCGUGUGAAAUGUGAAGAAGCGGAAUGGGGUCCUUCACUGGCCGGAAUGAGGACAUCCAUGGAUGCUUGGUACCUUCCUAGGUACCUAAUAGGCAGGCAGUGCCAUCAGUGCGUGAGUGCUUCAAGCAGUAUCACUUCACUCCUCCUCCUCCUGCUACUCCUGCUCCUAUCUGUCAUCCCAAAUGCAUCCCAUCCGCGUUCAGAGUUCGUGCAAUGACAUUACUUGUGCAAACUGAACAGGGCCUGUCAUGGAGGAUGUGUUCGGGUCCAGAAGCCUCGGGCAGACGGAAAGUAAAGUUGUAUCGAUCGGUGCGUAUGGGUGUCCUAUGUUGGCAAUAUCAUGCCUGGAAUCAAUGCGGCGUCCAAUCUCCUAUUGUGAAUCGAAGGCACGAUGCAGUGCCGCAAUCCACUUGCAGCCGGGCCAGCUGUCAACCUAAUAUUAGCUACUGAUACUCGGGAUCGGUCUACCUUGCGCGCCUUCUUCUAAUCUACAAC